ACUAGCAGAGCGUUUUCAAUAUGAAGCAUCAUCGCGAUUGCUGCGCAAUUUGACUGCAAGCCUUUCCUCCCGUUUCCAACUGGACAGCUCUCCAAACGCACAGGUUAUGCCACCCCACAGGCUUCCUGGAACCCCCACUGUGAAAGAGAAGGGCUGAUCCCCAGUCCUCAAGCUCUAGCUACUGUCCUCCCAAGUCCACCCACCCCUCUGCCCCCCACCCCCAACCACACCUAGCCUCCCCACUCCCAGACCCCGGCCCCAUGGCUGCAGGAGGCCAUGGCCCUGCCAAGGAUGUGUUGAUCAACCUGCAUCAGAUUAAUGUGAAAGAAGAGGAGGAGGAUGAGGACUUUUCCACAGAGGAGCAGGAGGAGGAAGAGGACGAGGACUGGGAGAAUGCAUUAUCAGUGGAGAGGUUCGGGAACAUCAUCACUGACUCCGCGUUCAGCGGCGGAGAAAAAAUGGGCCGCAACUACAACGAGAAGGAUUUUGAGUAUCACCGGCACACCWUUCACCAUACCCACCACCCACUGUCCACCCAUCUACCCCCACCCCAGCGCCUACGCAAGCGGGUGCUCAGCAUGGACCGCAAACGCCGGCGCAAGAAGAAGCGCAAGAACAAAAAGACCUCCAUGGCGCCCUCGGAGGUCACACCCACCAUCCAUGAGGUAGACGAGGAGGAGGAGGAGUCUGAGACAGAGGGGAGGGACCUGGCAGCCACGCCCACCGAGCAGCCCGACGACCAACAGCAGUUUAGCCUGGGGAGUGAGGAGAAUUUGGAGCCGGCUGUCCCAUUAACUUCCUUCCACAUGGAGAGCGAACAACAACAUCCGCCGCCGGAGAAGGACACACUGGCCACGGCAGAGGUGGUGGAGGGGGAGUUGGAAGAGGCGCAACAGGACAUUCGGGAGCAACCAGAGGAUGAGGAGGGUGAUGAAGAGUCCACCAACAGGUGCCCCCCCUCUGCGGACUCCCCCACCCGAGGCUGGUUCAGGAGGAAUCCUCUCCACCCUUCACCGCGGACCAGUUACGACCUGCGGGAGCGCGUCUGUAUCGGCAGCAUGACAGCCGUGGAAACAGCCGUGUACCGGAAGGUGCCCACCGAUGAGGCUGAGAUGUUGGCUAGCGCCGACCUGGACGACAUGAAGAGUCACCGAUUGGAGGACAACCCUGGGGUGAGGCGUCAUCUGGUGAAGAAGUCAUCUCGAUGCCAGCUCACUCAGAACAGCAACAGCUCUCCGCCCCAGUCCAGCCUGAAGAGGAAGAAGAGAGUGGCUGACAAGAAGACCCAUGAGGUGUUUGUGGAGCUUAAUGAGCUGAUAGUGGAUAAGAACCAGAAGAUGCGCUGGAAGGAGACGGCUCGUUGGAUCAAGUUUGAGGAGGACGUGGAGGAGGAGACAGACCGCUGGGGAAACCCCAUGUGGCUUCACUCUCCUUCCGCCAGCCUGCUGGAGCUCCGCAGGACCAUCACACAUGGUGUCGUCCUGUUGGACCUGGAGCAGACCACUCUGCCUGGCAUCGCCAACCUGGUGGUGGAGACCAUGAUCAUGUCAGACCAGAUCAGAGCGGAGGACCGGGCCAACGUGCUCCGUGCCCUGCUGCUCAAACACCACCACCCCAACGACGAAAAGGAGGGCCUUUUCCAUCGCAACCACUCUACUAAAAGCCUUCACGGCAGCUUCCAACGCAACCACAACCACGCCGACACCACGGUGCCCCUAGUGGCUGAAGAUCCUAAAGAGGUCCUCCACCAUGAAAAGAAGCAGCAGAGCAGAGAUGUGUUUAAAUCACUCCAUCCCCCCCUGCCGAUGGCUCUCCAACAACAGGUUACCAAACACACAAAACUCCUAGCCAAGAUUCCCAAGGACGCAGAAGCAACUGUGGUCUUAGUGGGUUGCGUGGAUUUCCUGGAGCAGCCAGCCAUGGCCUUCAUCAGGCUGAGUGAGGCGGUCCUGCUGGAGUCGGUCCUGGAGGUGCCGGUGCCGGUCCGUUUCCUCUUUGCACUGCUUGGACCCGCUCAGUCCAACAUGGACUACCAUGAGAUUGGACGCUCCUUCUCCACCCUCAUGUCUGACAAGAACUUCCACGAGGUGGCCUACUUUGCGGACGACCGGCAGGACCUGCUGAACGGCAUUAAUGAGUUCUUGGACUGCAGCAUCGUCAUCCCCCCGUCGGACGUGGAAGGCAAGGACCUGCUGAAGACAGUGGCCUCCUUCCAGAAGCAGAUGCUGCGCAAGAGGAAGGAGAGAGAGAACAUCAAGACCCACACCACCCCCUGGACAGACCAGGAGACCAAAGAGGUGAGCCAGGAUGAGCAGGAAGAUGAGGAGGAUCAGGAGGUGGACCCCAUGAAGAGGUCGGGCAUCCCCUUUGGAGGCCUCAUCCAUGACAUCAGGCGGCGCUACCCGCGCUACGCCAGCGACAUCAAGGACGCCUUGGACUCACAGUGCAUCGCCGCUGUCAUCUUCAUCUACUUCGCCGCCCUCUCACCCACAAUCACCUUUGGAGGGCUGCUGGGAGAGAAAACAGAGGGCAUGAUGGGAGUGUCUGAGCUCAUCAUCUCCACAGCGACCCUGGGGGUACUUUUCUCUCUGAUGGCUGGACAGCCCCUCCUCAUCAUCGGCUUCUCAGGACCCCUGCUGGUGUUUGAGGAGGCCUUCUACAAGUUCUGCCAGGCCCAGGGCUUUGAGUACCUGACGGGCCGGGUGUGGAUCGGCUUCUGGCUCGUCUUCAUAGUGCUGUUGAUAGUGGCGGCCGAGGGAAGCUUCUUGGUUAAAUACAUCUCACCCUUCACCCAGGAAAUAUUUGCCUUCCUCAUCUCACUCAUCUUCAUCUACGAGACCUUCUCCAAGCUCAUCAAGGUAUUCCAGGAGCAUCCUCUGAUGAGAAGCUACCCGCCUGCCUUUGGCCUUCCCGGCAUGGAGUUCACCAACCCCACAGACCCCCACGGCCCCAUCCUAAACCAACCCAACACGGCCCUGCUCUCUUUCAUCCUCAUGCUUGGUACCUUCUUUGUGGCCUACUUCCUUAGGAAAUUGCGCAACAGUCGAUUCCUGGGCGGGAAGGCCAGAAGAAUCAUCGGAGACUUUGGCAUCCCCAUCUCCAUCCUGUUCUCUGUACUGUUGAGUUACUCUGUCCCCGACACAUAUACCCAGAAGCUGAAUGUACCGUCUGGUUUCUCAGUCACGUCUCCUGACAAGCGGGGCUGGUUCAUCAGUCCGUUCGGCGACCUCAAGCCCUUCCCCGCGUGGAUGAUGGGGGCAUCGGUGGUGCCCGCCCUCCUCGUCUUCAUCCUCAUCUUCAUGGAGACACAGAUCACCUCACUCAUCGUCAGCAAGAAGGAGCGUCGCCUGGUCAAGGGCUCUGGCUUCCACCUUGACCUGCUGCUCAUCGUCACGCUGGGCGCCAUGUGCCCUCUGUUAGGCCUGCCCUGGCUCACCGCGGCCACGGUGCGCUCUGUCACGCACGUCAACGCCCUUACUGUCAUGAGCAAGGCCACAGCGCCUGGCGAGAAGCCCGUGAUCCAGGAGGUGAAGGAGCAGCGGUUGACAGGCCUUGUAGUCGCCGUGCUCGUGGGCAUGUCCCUCGUGAUGACAGAUGUGCUUCGUCACAUUCCGCUGGCCGUGUUGUUCGGGAUCUUCCUCUACAUGGGCGUCACGUCYAUCACCGGCAUCCAGCUCUACGAGCGCAUCACUCUCAUGUUCACGCCCGCCAAGCACCACCCCGACCACAUAUAUGUGACCAAGGUGAAGACGUGGCGUAUGAACAUGUUCACCAUCAUCCAGCUGGCCUGCAUCAUGUUGCUGUGGGUGGUCAAGUCCACCGUGGUCUCGCUCGCCUUCCCCUUCAUCCUCAUCAUGACCGUGCCGCUCCGCCGCCUCAUCCUCUCCCGGAUCUUUGAAGAGCGUGAGCUCCAGGCGGUAGGUGGACAUUCCUGGAAUUAUCCGAAUUCUGGCCCAAUCAUCUGGUCUGGGCAACAUUGGGUCARACAUUAGAAGUAGUAGCAUGGCCCUGCCUACACCUAAAGACUUGCUUUUUAAAUUAGAUAAGCAAAAAAUAUUCCACUUUAUUUGGAACAGCAAGCCAGACAAAAUUAAACAGCCCUGUUUAUAUAAUGAAUAUGAAUUUGGAGGGCAGAAAUUAUGAAAUAUUAAAACAUUGGACCUCUCAAUAAAGGCUUCAGUCAUUCAAAAGCUAUAUUUAAAUCUGAACUGGUUCUCUAGCCCACUGGUUCUCAACUCUGGUCCUGGGGAUCCAAAGGGUGG